UAGUAACGGGUAGGCUACUCGUCGGCUCCGAUCCGGCCGCGACGACGAUCAAUCGAGCCGGCAAAGGGGUGACGCGAGAGACACUCGGAGGGCUCUCCGAAUUUUUUUGAAAAGAAACUCGGACUCGCGUGAACUGGCCUAAUGUGAGUGACGUGAAGGAGUGAAGUCAACGACGAGCGAGCCGCUCAGGAAUCAGCUUUCGAAGAUCAAACAAGAGUUCUAUAAUUGCGUUUGGAAGUUCAUUCGAAAGAGGGACGGUCGGGAAGAGAGAAUUUUUUCGUAUCUCGACUAUGUGCCGGUGUCUCGCGGGCAUCAGAACACUAGGAUCGUCGUCGCCGUCGUCAGUGAUCGAGCACGGCGUCGUCGUGACGGCGGAGCGUAAGACGUGACUUCGUUUGUACAGCUGGUCUAUCAGUUGAUUCGGCUGCGGAGAACAAGAGAGAUACAUAAUGGCUCUAGUAAUGUUACCGUGUGAUCUGCCUUGGUGGCCAGCUGUGGUAAAACAACUGGACAAAGCCGCCUUAGCGAAAAAUUCCGACGACCUAAUAGACGCGAUGCAACGAUUGCAUGACAUGUGCAAUAUAAGCCUUGAUCCCGAAGAGGACAUGCAGAAUGGCGAUUUGUUCUCCAUGUUGGGGACUUUCCUAAAUAAAGACCUUGAGCCUAUAGAAAGGGAGCAGGUGUUUACAAAGACAAUACCGCGAAUGGUGGAAAGGGCGAAGGAUUUAAAAUGCACUAAACCUUCGCAAGGUUUACACUUUAGUCUGCAGCAGCAAGGUGAUAGCGUCGAAUACAGUUAUGCCUUCGUCUCCUCUUUAAUCGCAAACGCAUUUUUCUCAACGUAUCCGAAGAGAACCACAAAGACGCAUCCCACAUUGCGCGAUUUUAAUUUUACAAACUUCUUCAGACAUCUGUACAAAAACGCACAGAAAGCCAAACUCAAAAGUAUCUUUCAUUAUUACAAUUAUCUCGAUACAGAACAUGCACUCGAUGGUCGUCUGAUAAUUUCAAGACAGGUAAUGACAUCUAAGCAGUGGUUAACUAUCGAAGAUUGGCUGGAAAGUAAUAUACCUUUAUGUCCAUUGACGAUACGUCACGAGGGUCGAUUGGAGAGAAUUGAAAUGGAAUCCAAAGUACUACAAGUUUGCUUCGUGAAUGCUAAAAUUGGCGGUGGUGUGCUCGAUGAUGAUAUCACGCAGGAAACUGUACAUGUGGCGACGCAUCCGGAAAUGCUCGCCGCGAUACUAUCUGUCGAGGCCUUAGAAGACAACGAAGUAUUGAUAAUUGAGGGUGUUAGGCAUAUGGCGAGGAUAAAUGAUCCGCGGCAUAAGGCGAUAUUCGAGGGUAUCUCGAAGCCGAACGUGGUAACGGUCUGCUGCAUAGAUCCCGAGGACUAUUCGCGAUUGCCACUGACGCAAUUCGAGGAAGACAACAUUCUGAGAGAAAUGAACAAGUCAUUGCUAGGAUUUCGUCAAAGACAUGUGCCCAGUAGUCCUACAGAUCCUAUCAAGACGGAUCAUCUGGACGCGGAAGUCGGUUUGGGCUCGCGUAGGUUAUCACCGAUCGGUGAGAGCUUCAGCAGCACCCCGCCGGAAGCGGAAAGUGAGGAUAAAGUCUUCGCGGCAAGCAGUAAUUCCAAGAUAGAUAAGCAGCCUCUGUGCGACGAACAUCACAAAUUAGAGAGCACGACGGAAAUACGUAGCAAGCCUAACGGUAAAUCGAUGAGACCGCCGAGUCCUCACAAAGUGUGCAAGGAUGCGAGCUGCACGACCCGAAGAAACAGAUUUAUCGUGUUAGGAUCCAGCGGAGAAGUUUUGCCAGUGACGCGACAGCUCGGUCAAAUGUCGGUUUACAGCAGCUGUAACAGUCAAAGCACGGAUAGUUUUCAUAGUGCUAAGGAAACUAUUGAUGAAGAACCUGAGGAAGAAGAACAAAAGCUGAAUAAACGUUAUAAUGCGCAAUUAGACACGCCCGAGAGAAGAGGAACUUUUGCGCAGCGACUGAAAGACGCUCUGAAGCGAGAGAGUACGGCGACCGGCGGGAUAACUUCUUCAAAUACCUCCUCCGGCGAGAGCAGUUACGCCGUUGGCAUAAGUGUUAGUGGUAGUCAUGUCGGCGAUCAAGACAUCAAGGUGAGAAGAGGAGGUUCGAGAGGAUUCGUCUUACGGGAUGAAACAGUAGAUGAAGAGUUUCUAAAGGAAUCUCUAGAAGCCGAGCAAAAAUGGCUAGGUCGAUUCCGACAAAGUCAGGGACCUAUGUUUCAAAGAAAAGACACGAGUGCAAGUAGCAAAUAUAGUUUCAGCACGGAAUAUAAUUCUGAUUUUUGUUCCGAAUUGGAGGAGGUUUAUGAGCAAUUGUCAAAGUGGCUGGAAGAUCCGAUAGUGGCGGAUGAGAGCAGGGAACUGGAUGCGAGGGAUCGGGCGGUCGUACGAUUCGCCGGUUCGCUUCUGAAACGUGCUUUGAGUGAAUCGUUCGCUGGUGUGCCCCUUCAAGAAGGCGAACCGCAACCGUUCAUUGAUGCGAACGACGUGAGCCAACAACACAAGCUAGCCUUAGCCGUGAGGAGUCUCAGCUUAGAGCUCGCUCGACAAAAAAAUCGACGACAACAAUCAGUAAUUGAAUCUGAAGAUAUAGAUUGUUACGAGGACGCCUCGAGUGAGAUGGUAAGAGAGGCGAAGGAUACUCAACGUAGGAAACUAUGGGCCGUCACGUUUACAUCGGAAAUGUUCCAAACGUUGGUUGAUGAUCAAACGAUUGUAUGCCUAUCUACACCGCCUAUGUCGAGCCAAAUAGCAAACAAGCAUGAGAUGCGCGAAGCGAACGUGCUUGAUAUUUCGGAGUUACCGCGGGAAAAUAGUCCUCAAGGAGGGGAUUUAUUACCCAUAGCUACAGGUAACUGGGGAUGCGGGACUAGGUUGAAGGGCGAUCCGCAAUUAAAACUCGUAAUUCAAUGGCUCGCCUCUUCCUUGGCAGGAGUACCAAGACUAAUCUAUUAUACUUCUGGCAAUCCAAGUUUAUCUAAGUUAGAUACCGUAAGCAGAGUUCUGAUGGACAGACGUUGGUCGGUGGGUGAUUUGGCCGCCGCGACGUUGAAGUAUGCUGGAGAAACGAUCGAAGAACAGACGGAAGGAAGAAAUAAUCUCUUCGAGGAAAUUAUUGGUAUGGACAAACCGAGUCCUUAGCCCGAUUCAAUGC